UCGAUAACAGCGUCGUCCAUCCCCAAGAUGGCGUCCGGCGACCUGUCAAAACAAACAACCUCGGUCGCUUCCGUUGUGAUGUAAACCGAACCACCCGUCGUUUAAUUGUUCCGUUACGAUUGUAAUUAGUGAGUGGCUCGUUCGCGAUCCAACAGGAAUAAGAAGGACGGGAUGGCCGCCGCACUGGAUGCGGCCGGCGACGGUGCCUGGUCAGAAUUUUGCGAACGGCACGCCACCGCCUCAGCCCUCGAUUUUUCCAAGUCCUGCACGCAGUUCCUGGCACUGAACCUUUCGGAGAACGCGAGGGCCGCCUUGACUCACAAAGAUUUCCUGCGUAGGUACAUCGAGUGUUUCAGCGAGCAAUUCGAGAUCGACUUUACGAAGAGAAAACAAUCUGGUGGCAAGACCAAUGGGAUGGUGCGAAUAGAGGAGAAUGCGGACAACAGUGAAGACGGCAGUCCCAAGAUGCAGCACAAACCUUUUUUUAGAAGACUGAGUUUCAAAAUGCUGCGCAAAAGCAAAGACUUGUUCCACAGACAGUCUCUCGAUGACAGCGAGUCAUCAUCAUCGGCCUCCGCCGCCGCCCUCAACAAGACCAAACUGGCCAAGAUUGUGGUGGAAUGCAGGAAGGAGGGUAUUGUCAACUAUUCCACACCAGAAAGUCUGGACCAACCCGGUUGCCCACCCAAGUGGGAGAGAUGUCGCCUCCAACUUGUCAAGGCCACCGGCGGUUACAUGCUCGAGUUCUAUUCACCUCCCAAGAAUCAAAAGCCGAGAAGCGGCGUAUUUUGCGCCCUGAUAACGGAAGCUAGAGAAACGACCGCCUUGGAGAUGCCAGAUCACGAAAACACUUUUGUCCUGAAAGCGAGCAACAACAUGGAGUUUGUCAUCGAGGCUCACGACACCGACGACAUGAGAUCGUGGCUGGCGACGAUCCGAUAUUGCAUGAAAGCGGGUCACGGAACGGCGUUGGGAGGCGGAGACGCGGGACCGAUGUCCGAACACGGAGCCAAAGACUACCACGCGGACGCUCCCGAUCUGCCGCCUCGUCAUCCGGGAGCCAGAGGCGGCGACCGUCUUUCUUCCAGCAGCAAUUUCGAAGUGUGCGCCUCCACCGGAGAACCGCUGACCUCGAUGGAGACGGACAUCGGACAGACGCUGAAGAAGGAGCUGUGGUUCCACGGCACGUUGGGCCGAUCUGAGGCCGCCCAGCAGGUAUUGCACGACGGAGCCGCCGGACACGGUCGCUUUCUGGUGCGACAGAGCGAAACUCGAACUGGAGAGUUCGUGCUGACGUUCAACUUCCAAGGGCGCGCGAAGCAUCUGCGCAUGACCAUCAACGACCAGGGCCAAUGUCGCGUCCAGCACUUCUGGUUCCAGUCCAUAUACGAGAUGCUCGAGCAUUUCCGUUCGCAGCCGAUCCCGUUGGAGAGCGGCGGCAACAGUGACGUGACCCUUACGGACUACAUCCUGAACCCGAACGCGCGUCACGCGGCGCCCGCCCCCGCAACCGCCGCCGCGGUGUCCGCCAGCCAGUCGGCGCAGAGCAUCGCAAACGGCGGUGCGACCGAGAGGAGGGCACCGCCGCCGCCCGAAGUCAGACACUUUUGUUUGAAUCAUGCCGGUGAAUCAAAAGAGACAAUUUCAGCCAGUCAGCCAAUCAGUUAGUCAGUCAGUCAGUCAGUCAGUCAGUCAGUCUGUAAAUAGUACAUAGUAAAACAGAAAGAGUGCAAUUCUCGUAGUAAUACUCAUAUGGCUCUGAGCAGUCGUCGUGUACAUAUUACAUACGCUUUAUUUAAAUGUUAAGUAUUUAUUUUUAUAUUUUUAGUUUAGUCCGACAUCAGAAAUCAUCAACUGGAUGUUGUUAUUUUAUUAUGAUAAGUACAAAAAAAGUCCUGUAAAUAUAUUGUACAACAGA